AUGUCACGACCUGUCACGUUCGAGUAUCUUUCAUGUGCAGUCAACCGGACGUCACAUAUUGCAGAAUGGAUUCAAUUGCAUGAUGUGCACGAUGCACUUGUAUUUGGUGUCCACAAGUCCGUGGCGAUGUGGUUCGAUCCUAGCGGGCACGAAACGCCGGCCUCGUCGACGUCUGCAUCGAACACAACACGGUCCGCACCGAUUCCUAAGCUGCAUUUAUGGCCCACGCAGUUCCAGCAACUGGUCCAUGUUCUCAAAGUAUGGCACUUGCAUCAUGAUGUGCCGCAUCUUCUCAUGGGCUCGUAUGAUGGUGCCUUGGAAAUGUGGCGCUGGUCUGCUGAUGACUGGCAGUGGACGAGUGAGGCCUUCAUUCCUCGUGCACACAAUGCAUCCGUAACAGCUAUCGGUGUGCCGCGUGACGUACACUCAUGCGAGUAUGCGCCGCGAGAGUUUGUGACAGGCGGCUCAGACGCAUUGCUGCAUGUCUGGUCGUGCUCUUCGCAAUCGGUAUCGACAUCGGCAACGGAACCAGUCCAGCCGCAGAUUGUACAGACGAUCGAUUUGUGUGGUGCGUAUCCUUUGGAUAUUGCCCUCGUUCGCCUGCCACACACACAGACGACGCUCAUGGCCGUUGCCUUAACUGACCGGCGCAUCUCCUUGUACGUGCGCUCGGAUGGCGGCUCUUUCACACUCCAGCUGCGGCUGGAUGGUCAUGAAGAUUGGGUGCGUGCGUUGGAUUUCACUGUUGCGUGGCCGCAUGUGUGGCUGGCAUCUGCCGCGCAGGACCAGCACGUUCGGCUAUGGAAGUUGUAUGCAGAGGAACAAGCGGCACAAGCGAUGCAGGAAUCACAAGCACCACCUCCAGACUUCUUUGAGGCUAUGGCACGUGAGUUGAUGCCGAAUGACCAAGGCAUCAAAACCAAAACGGAAUGGCUCACUUUGCCAGGGGAGCGGUGGGGUAUCUCGCUAGAUGCCUUGCUUCUGGGACACGAUGCAUGGGUGACAGAUGUUCGCUGGGUCCCGAACAAGCAGGGUCAAGAGGCAACGCAACGAGCAGCUCUGCUUACAAGUUCCGUGGACAACAGUGUUAUUGUGUGGACGCCGGAUGCUUCGUCGGACUGGCCUAAGCUGACGGACGCGUCCGCUGCUGAGCAAUCGAUGUGGCUCCCGGCGCAUCGUUUGGGUGAUGUUGGCAGUAUGAGUGGCGGCUUCCUGGGCGCACAUUGGCGACCACACGCGACUGACAUAAGUGUGAUAUCGCACGAUCGGCAAGGUGCCGUGCAUCUUUGGAAGAGGACGGCCAUGCAUAAGUGGGAGCCGCAGGCAACGAUCUCAGGACAUGCAGGCGCUGCUCGGGAUGCUGCAUGGGAGCCAAAUGGUGAUGCGUUCUUGACAGUCGGUGUUGAUCGUACGACGCGACUGCAUGGUACGUAUCUGCAUGAUGAGACUCGGUCGUGGCAUGAGCUUGCCCGGCCACAGACGCAUGGCUACGACAUGCAGGCUGUGUCAUGGCUUGAUCGAACAUCUUUUGUGAGUGCUGCAGACGAGAAGAUCCUUCGCGUGUUUGCCGCGCCUGCGUCAUUCUUGGACAGUGCAAAUGCGUGUCGAAUGUGGCAGACCAGCCAUCAUCGUCGAGUGACACAUGUGCUGGCGCUCAGUGUUCACAGUCCCGAUCAGUGGUAUGCAGGGCCCAAACUGCGGAGAGCCAUCGAGGCGGUCAUGACACAGGCCCGUUCAAAAUGCUUGUCUGUCGUGAUCUGGGCUGGCACAGAUGCCAUUUCUAUGUCGGGUGCGGAGCAUUUGCUUCAGUGCGUAUACGCACAGGCAUGGGCAUGGGCCGUGCGACGAAAUGACUUGCUGUGGGACAUUUCGGUGUAUGUAAUCCCUGCGUCAUCGGAUAGUGAGCAUGGGGCUCAUUUGUGGACGCAAUGGUCUGUGGCCCAUGCGCCCAUUGCGUCGCUUUCCACACUCGAUGAUCCGGCUUUCGACGUGCAUGCCCCGACGCUUACGCACGACGUGACAUGCCCACUCACGCGCUUGCCGCUCGAUGUCGAUGCGUCCACGGCUAUUGAUCCGGCGCAGCAGCAGCAGCAGCCACAACAACAACAACAACAACAUGUCUCUGUGUGUGGUGAUACGGCUGUGCUGGGAGGCACGUUCGAUCACUUACACAUUGGACACAAACUGUUACUAAGUAUGGCCAUUCUCAGUGCGCGGAAGGAGCUGCUCGUAGGCGUCACGAGUACAGCGUUGCUAGUGAAUAAAAAGCACCGCGAGUAUAUUGAGCCGCUUCACGUACGAAUGGCACAUGUACGUGCAUUUGUGCGUGAUCAGUGCACGGCCCUUGGCAAGUCGCUGCAGCUGUGUGUGGUGCCGAUCUCUGAUCCAUGCGGGCCAGCGGCGACACAACCGGACCUUGAUGUGCUCGUUGUGACGGACGAGACGGUGCGCGGGGCAGACCUGAUCGCUGAAGAACGCCGGAAGAACGCAUUGCGUCCACUCCAGCUGUACACCGUGAGACUCGUGCAAGGAGACAACUCGACGGCCGACGCGUCAGUCAAAGCAAGCAGCACAGACAUCCGCGAGUGGGUCGCACGGAACAACAUCAAGCCUGGUGAUGAGUACGAGGCGGCUGUGCGCGAUUCUUCGACGACCACGCCGACGCAACCCUCGCUCUCGCUUUCGGAACGCGCGCCGGCUGCCCAUGUGCCACCAUUGGGCACUCUCGAAUCGGGCCACUGA